CUGUUCGCAGUUCGCACUCUAGUGUUUUGCUGUUGUUAAUGUUGUUGUUUUGAAAACCAUGUACGCAAUUUAUGAAAGUCGUGAAAGCGGAAAAUUUUGCUAAGAAUUGCAACACGUGUUUAUGCUAACAGUGCGUAUGAAAAUUUCGCUGCUUGUCUGCGGUCGCAGUUAUUUUUGUACACACACACUUCAGUGAGUGAGUGUGUCUGUGUAUGUGAGUGUGAGUGUACGUGUGUGUGAGUGGCUUAACAUAUUCGCCAAUCGACAACUGAAUACAAAUCAAAGCAAAUGUACAAAAUAAUAACUAAAAGAAGCACAACAGAUAAAUCAAUCGAUAUACGGAUACGCAUCAGCGAUAGAGAUACUUAUACAUAAGAUAAAGAUACACAGCGCUCAAAUACCAAAGACAGCACAACUUUGACUAGAUUAUCAAUGAAUUAGGUGAACAGCUAGCGAGGAUUCCAACAUCCGCAACUGGCUGAUUACGGCGAUCAUCCAUUUAUAGAGAUAAGAUAUUAGAGAAGUGGAGGAGAGGAGAGGGAAAUCUGAUUCCCUCCGGCUUGGGUUGGAUUGGUUUAGUCCACUCCGAGAAUAUGCUACAACAUCCCGCCACAGAUUUCUACGACUUGGCUGCGGCCAAUGCGGCUGCUGUGCUCACCGCCCGUCACACGCCCCCUUACAGCCCCACGGGGCUGGGCGGAUCGGUGGUGGCGCUGCACAACAAUAACAAUAGCACAAGCAAUAACAAUAAUAAUCUCGAUAUGCUGACGCACAAUGGCAGCGGAGUGGGUGUGGGUGUGGGAGUGGGCGGCAAUGGGGGCGUGUCUGCCACUGGACUGCACCUGAACAGCAGCAGCAAUGGAGGUGGAGGCGGUGGAGGAGGUGGAGGAGGUGGAAGUGGCUCCGCAGCCGGACGAGAAACUCUGCCCAGUUUCGGCUUCACACAGGAGCAGGUGGCCUGUGUGUGUGAGGUACUGCAACAGGCGGGCAAUAUCGAAAGACUGGGUCGCUUCCUUUGGUCGCUGCCACAAUGUGAUAAACUGCAACUGAACGAAUCUGUGCUGAAGGCCAAGGCGGUCGUCGCAUUCCAUCGUGGUCAGUACAAGGAGCUGUACCGGCUGCUCGAACAUCAUCACUUCUCGGCCCAGAAUCACGCCAAGCUGCAAGCCCUGUGGUUGAAAGCGCAUUACGUGGAAGCCGAAAAACUGCGCGGAAGACCUUUGGGUGCCGUGGGCAAAUAUCGUGUUCGUCGUAAAUUUCCAUUGCCCCGCACCAUUUGGGAUGGCGAGGAGACGAGCUACUGUUUUAAGGAGAAAUCCCGAUCCGUAUUGAGAGACUGGUAUGCGCACAAUCCGUAUCCGUCGCCGAGGGAAAAACGGGAUCUGGCUGAGGCCACGGGACUGACCACGACACAGGUUUCCAAUUGGUUCAAGAAUCGCCGACAAAGAGAUCGCGCCGCCGAGCAUAAAGACGGCUCGACGGACAAGCAACACUUGGACUCAUCGAGCGAUUCGGAAAUGGAGGGCAACAUGCUUUCCAGUCAAAGCGCACAACAACAACAACAGCAGCAACAUGCCGCUGCCCCGCAUCAUUCGCAUCACUCACAUCAGCAGCAACAAUCGCCUGGCAGCAGUAACAACAACAACAACAACAAUAUUAGCAACAAUAAUAAUAACAAUAGCAAUGGGAAUAGCAACAGCUUGCAUCAACAUCAACAUCAGCAGCAACUGCAACAUGUUGCUUCCGAGCAAAGUCUGCAACACCAUCAGCAUCAGCAACAUGCUGCUAGCGCGGCGGCCGCAGCCAGCAAGAGCAGCGCUGCAGCUGCAGCAGUUGCUGUGGCCGCCUCCCAAAUGCCGCCGCUCUCUGCCGCCGUCGCCUACUCGCAUCUGCAUAGCGUCAUGGGUGCCAUGCCCAUGUAUGAUAUGGGCGAGUAUCAGCACUUAUGAUUCUAGUUGGAGGCUGCUGCUGCCGCCAGCAGCAACAACAUCAGCAAUAACGGCAACAGCAACAACAAUAUGCCGUGCGAAUGGCCAGCAACGCUACGUCAACGUCAGCAGCAGCAUCCGGAAAGCUUUUACUUUUGAAACACCAGCAAUUGGGAACCCAUCAUCAACAGCAACAGCAACAACAGCAACAGUAACAAUAGCAACAGCAACAGCAGCAACAGCAAUAAAUUAUUUUUCAUCAUCAAAUAAGAGCACUUUGGCAUUUUUCUAUAUGUGUAUGCAUAUAUAUAGAGAGAUAGAGCGAGAUAGACAGACAAAUAGAGAAAGAGAUAGAGGAUAAACAGCACAAACUUUUGUGAAUCCUCCAUAAGA